AUGACGUCGGCUCGUGUGUGCCUGAGGACCGGUCUGUGGGCCGCCUGCGCCAUCGCCGUCUUCCUGCGGGCAGCCGGCGCGGUCCCGCGGCAGCUCAACGGUGAGUCCGGCGUGUCUGUACAACCAGUGGCGGUGUUUCGCAUCGCGCAGGGAGCCUUCACAGAGGGCGACAGGUGCCGGGACGGCGGCGCCUCCGGGCGGUGCGUGGCGGUGGGUGCCUGCGCCUCGGCUAGGCGCGCCCUGCGGCAGCGGCGCCCUCCGCCCCCGCGCUGCGGCUUCGUGGGCGACCAGGAGGUCGUCUGCUGCACCGAGGCCGCCAACGUCGUGGUCGGCGGCGCCGGGGGCGGCCGCCUACACACAGCACUGUACUUGAAGACGCUGCUAUCUGUUGUUGCAGAGUGUGAGGUCUACAAGGCGAUCCAGAACGGCCCCACAAACCACAUCCUGGGCGGCCACGAUGCCCGGGACGAAGAGUUUCCGCACAUGGCGGCCCUCGGCUACCAGGUGCCGGGCAAGAAGGAGCUCAGCUGGCUGUGUGCCGGCUCCCUCAUCAGCGACCAGUACGUGCUGACGGCGGCGCACUGCUGCAACAACAGGGACAGACCGGCGCCAGUCAGGGUGCAGCUGGGCACGGCCAACCUGAGCUCCUCCAGGGCCGGCAGCACGCGCUACGGCAUCAGCGACAUCGUCAUCCACGCGGACUACAGCAGGUCCUCGUACAGGGCCGACAUCGCGCUGCUCAGGCUGGACAGGAGGGUCUCGUUCAGCAGGACCGUCUCUCCGGCCUGCCUCUACACCAGGGGCGGCGACCCGCCGGCCGCUCUGAUCGUCACCGGCUGGGGGGCCACCAACCCCCUGGGUACAAAGCAGAGUCGAGUUCUGCUACAAGGCACCGUCCGGUCGCUUCCCUUCUCACGUUGCCAGCAGUACAAGCAGAGGUUCCCAGAAGGCCUCGAUUCGUCUGUUAUCUGCGCUGGUGAUCCACAAGGAGUGGUUGCCAUCUGUGACGGUGAUUCUGGGGGUCCCCUCGUUGCAAAGGAAGACACCUUUACCUACUCGAUCGUCGGAAUAACCAGCAUAGGACCCAGUCCAUGCGGCGGAAACAUCCCGAGCCUCUACACCCGUGUUUCCAGCUACAUUGACUGGAUAGAAAAAUACGUCUGGCCAUAGAAUCAUUGGUUCUUCUGUAUGGUUCUUGCUUGCAACUCAGGGCAAAUCUUUCGACUUCUUCAGUGAUACACCGUUUGGGAAAACAAUCGGAAGUGUGAAUAGCAGUCCUCGAUUGUGAACUGUAACAAUAAGAAGUCUGUUUACUUGUGGCCGUAAUAAUGUGCUUGUUGGAGCGAGAUCAGUCAGUCAGUCACACAGUUGUAGUAUGUGACGCCUGUGCUUCAAUGAGUUGUUCAAUGUGACAUAAGUUUUUCGUAACAAGUAGUUUAUUUUUAUUUAUUUAUUUUAAAGUGGCUGUAUGUGAAUAUGAAUACCGAAACAGUAUUGUGAAAAUUUUCAACUCGUAUAUAGUUAGUUCCAUUGGCCGAUAAAUUAAAAUGGAUGUACGUAAUUUGAGUGAAGCAGAUAAAACUUACUGAAGAUGCGUGUUGCAGAAAUCUUUCGAAUUAAGAGACAAUGAAUAUCAGAUUCUGUUUUCGUUGUUAUUUCACGUACUGUUAAUAAAAGAUCGGCUAACUAGAGAAGUUUGAGUAAUUGUGACAGAAGUUCUUAAUUCAGUAGUAGCCCGCUUUACUAGUGUGAAUGAAUGGCAUGACUCUGUGACUAGUUGUCUUCGUAAUUAUACAGAUAAUUUCUUGGUUUGAGGGAAUACUCUGACCAGCUCAGUUUUCGUUGUCUUUAAACUUAUUUCUCACAAUUUGCAAGAAAUUUAUCUGAAUUUCAUCCAUAGUGGAUGCUGUUGAACUCCGUGACUGUUCCUUUAUAGGGUGAAGAAAAAUUUAUCGUCCUUUUAUUAUAAUACUCAUAAGUUAAUGAUUAUGUCAGAAAGAGAUAAACAAACUCUCACUGUGUUUUUAUAUAGACUGCAACGACACCAAAGGAACUGAAUUUUUAUCCUAUAACUAUGUACGUACUAGAGUGUUACCCUUUUGUAGAUAUUAGUCCUAUACGCUACCAG